AUGAAGGUUGGACUACUUUGUUUGGCAUGGCUGGUGCAAGCCGCAGCGCUGACCUUGCAGUCCGACGAGGCGGAGCGCCCGACAACAAAGGUCGUGAAAUUGCUGAAAACCAUGCAGGAGACCGUUGAAAGUGAAGCGAAAGCCGAUGAGGACACGUACGACAAGUUUAAAUGCUGGUGCCAUGAAAAUACGGAUGCCAAGACCAAAGCUGCUGCGGAAGCAGAGACGACUUCGAGGGAGCUGAAAGAGCGAGUGGAAAUCCUCAUCGCGCAGAGCGAACGCCUCAAGGGAGAGAUCGAAACCGCAGAGGACGAGGUGGCUAAGAACCAAGCUGCGUUGGACACGGCCACAGCGCUUCGAAAACAGCAGAACGAAGAGUUCAUCGACGAUCGCAGGCGCCUGGAAGGCGACAUCUCGGGCGUGAAGAGUGCCAAAGCCGCCUUCAACAGUCCCGAGGGAGGUGCUUUCCUCCAGUCCAAGGUUAGUGCUGUCCGCCCAGUGCUGCAGCAGCUGAUGAAGGACCAUCUCACUAAGCUCAGCAUUGAUGACAGGGAGACCUUGAAUUCUUUCCUGCAGCGCGGAGAUGGCGUGGACGGGGUUCUGGGCGUCCUCGAAGGGCUGAAGGAUGAUUUCAACGAGGAGUUGGUGAAGCUGAAUGAUGAUGAGGCCACUGCUUUGGCACAGUACGAAGACUUGGCUGCAGCCAAGAAGGCCGAAAUCAAGGCUGGCGAGGCCCAGGUGGAGGCCAAGAAGGAGGAGCGAGCCCAAGCGAACGCGGAGCACGCCCAGAAGAAGCAGGACAUCAAGGACACGCAGGCACUCAUGGGCGCGGACCUGUCCUUUGUGGAUGAUGUGAAGAAGCAGUGUGCGGAAAUGGAUGCUGAGUGGGAUGAGCGUCAGAAGAUCCGGGCUGCUGAGGCCGAAGGCAUCUCCAAGGCCAUCGAGAUCCUGGAUGCGGAGGAGGCACAUGCCAACUUCGCAAAAACCUUCUCCUUCCUCCAGGAGUCCGCGGAGCACACGGAACAUGCGGAGCCCGGCCGUGCUGAGGCAGCCCGUGUCCUUGCCGAUGCGGGACACCGCGAUGCCCGCUUGGCCGCGCUGGCCAUGUCGGCGAAGAUCGACAAGUUCACCAAGGUAAAGAAGGCUAUGGACGACAUGGUCUUCACCCUGACCAAGGAGCAGGAGGAUGAGGUGAAGCAGCGGGAUUUCUGCGUCCAAGAGUUCCAGGAGAACGAGGUCGAGACUGCCGACAAGACGCGGUUGAAGACGUCCCUCCUCGCUAAAGAGCAGGCUAUUGAUGUGAAGAAGCCACAGACCGAGAUUGAGACCUUGGAGGCUGAGGUGGCUGACAUGCAGAAGCAGCUGAAAAAGGCCGGCGAGAAUCGGGAGAAGGAGAAUGAGGAGUUCCAAACCGUGGUGGAGGAUCAGCGCAAGACCCAAAAACUCCUGAAGGAUGCCAUGGAGGUUUUGGGCAAGUUUUACAAGACUGAGGCCAUGAUCCAGGUCCAUGCUCACGCAGGCCCAGAGGCUCCAGGAGGCUUCAAGGACUACAAGGCCAACGAGAAGAGCUUCGGUGUCCUCUCUAUGCUUCAGAAGCUGAUUGACGACUCCAAGGCAAUGGAAGCAGAGUCCGUGCGCGCGGAGAAGAGUGCGCAAAAGGCCUAUGAGGCCUUCUCUGCCGACACUACGGCCUCAGUGGAGAAGAAGGAGACAGCCAUCAUGGACAAGAAGGCUGAGAAAGCAGGUCUGGAGAAGACUUUGGUCCAAACACGCAAAGGCCGUGAAGGCGCGGAGGAUGCUCUCUCGAACCUGGCAGACACCAAGGCUGGCCUCCACGAGAGCUGCGACUUCCUCAUGAAGAACUUCGAAGCCCGGCAGGCAGCCCGCACUGAUGAGAUGGACUCCGUCAAGAAGGCCAAGGCCAUCCUCUCCGGAGCCACUUUCGCCGAGAUCCAGCUCGACUGA